AUGCAACACUGCAUGGUCACAGCUGUUAGCAGCCUGGAACAACGCCUGAGUGCGGUUCCGAGGCUGUCCUUCCUCCAGCCAGGACGUACGGAUGUGAGCAGUAAGGAGCUGGCUGGUGUGCCUGGGCAUUUUAAAUGCAAAAGAGAUGAGACUCCGACGCUGAGCACAUCUACUACCUGUGGGUCUCCUGAAGUAACAUUUAAUUAUUUAGGUCAGCACCAGUCUGGGGCCGCCAGGACCACACAGCCAGCUGUGAGGGGCCUGGCCCCGUCCACCCCUGGGCAAGCAGCCCCUGAAUGGAACAGGACCUGGCACCAACCAGGGGGUGGGCAGCUGAGCCUUGCAGUCGUCUCACGGCAGCUGGCCCACCACGGCAGAGGAGCCCGCAGCAGAGCGCAUGGAGGGUGCUCCGUGUCUCCACGGGAUGCCUCCUCCAUCGGCCUCUUCUGCAAGUCUCAACCGGCGGACACCGUCCUGAAGGCCGGCGGACACCUGCGGGAAUCUCACCUUCCUUGUCCUUCGGAAAUCGGGAACUCGAGGGAGAGGACUUCUCUGGGGGGCCAGCGGUUAGGGCUCUGCGUUCCCACUGCCGGGCCGGGAGCUAGGACAGCGCAGGCAGCGUGGCCAAAAACCAGAAGGAAAGCCGCGGGGUGGGGUCUCGACUCUCCGCCGGCCCUCUCGCCCCGACUUGGCUCCGCUCUCUGCGCGUCUCCCCCGGCGCGGGGAGCCGCGGGCCGCCCUCAGCUCUGCGGGCCGCGCACGCGUCCAGGUAGGAAACCAAAUGCCCGUCUCCGCGCCUCGCCGCCGCCCGCGUCUUUCCAGGCCGUCCCGGAGCCGCCCCAGAGGUUGCCUUGUCUGAGGCGGGAGCAGACGCAGCCUUCUGUCCCUCCCGCGUGGGGGCGGGGGAACGCGCUCUCCGCAGGAGGGCUUGCGGGCCUCGGACCGGCCCGCGCCGGCAGCUCGCGGUGCCCUCCUCCCGCACCUCGGGCUCUGCCCACUCGGGACGCGCUCCCGCCGCCUGGGGGUGCCCUGACCCCGCGCUGCCCCUCAAGCCCACCCGCGCCUCUGAAAAGCCUCCCUGUGUCAAAACAGUCUUACUUAGAUUCUUUCAGUGGGUCCUCCGCUUCCUGUCGCGACCGUGGCACAUAUGACCGCGUUUCCCGUUAG